UGAAAAGCUUUUGGACCAAACAUACAAAACCCGAAACCGAAACCCAAAAUUUGGGCUUUUCUCAAAAUUAGGGCACAGCUUAUCCGAACGCACCAUCGAAAUCCACUCGAAAAUCAUCGUUCUUCGUAAAAAGGAAACAAAAAGGGUCAUGUCUGUUGAUAACUCUGUUGUUGAUUCUUCGGUGACUGAUUGGAAGCUUGACGUGGAGAAUAAAAACAAUCGAGAGAGCCCAAAUGAGAAAGUAGACAAGGAUGCUUACCGUUCUGGGGCAGAAGAUCAAGACGUUUCCUGCGAACAGGUCGGGACCUCAAACACAAAUAAAAGGAGUAAAUCCGGUGAUACGAGAUAUUUCAUCAUAAAGAGUUUAAACCUCGAAAACAUCCAAUUAUCAAUUCAGAGAGGAAUUUGGGCCACCCAAGUGAUGAACGAACCGAUCUUGGAAGAAGCUUAUCACAAUUCUGGUAAGGUGAUAUUAAUAUAUAGUGUUAAUAUGAGCGGCUACUUUCAAGGGUAUGCUCAAAUGAUGUCAUCGGUUGGUUGGAGAAGAGACAACGUUUGGAGUAAUGGAUAUGGCGGAAGCAAACCGUGGGGUCGUAGUUUUAAGGUAAAAUGGCUACGGUUACAUGACCUGCCGUUUCAGAAAACUCUUCAUUUAAAGAACCCUUUGAAUGACUACAAACCGGUUAAAAUCAGCAGAGAUUGCCAGGAGUUACCUCAAGAUAUUGGAGAAGCUCUAUGUGAACUGAUUGAUGGGGAGGGGGAGGGUGGAAUGGACGAAAACCAGACGUUUUGCGGUUUACAAGAUAUGGGCCCCAUGCAUUUAGGACCAUUGAUGUAUCCUUCGUUCUACCAGCAUGCAUCACCGCAAAACCCGUUUAUUAGCAGAAGCGUUGAUGAUGUGGAUAUUGGCGGCGAUGGUUCUUCGUUAUAUGAUGGGUGGGAUACGUCUGCAGAAAGAAGCCUACAUGCUAAUGCUCUUACCGAUGAUGAUAUUCUUGAUAUGACAUAUGAAGAGUACCUCGAAGCGCAUAGCAGAGGCAACCGAAUUUCACAUCAAUCGGUGAACGAGUCUUCCCGAAAAAGUCGAGAUUCAUCUGUUAGCAAAGCGAACGAUGAUGACGCUUAUUCACGAUCCCGCUCAAAGAAGAGGGCUCGCCAUCAUGAUGGCCAUAGUCAUGAUGAUCAUCAUAGUCGUCGUGAUCAUCAUCGUCACCAUUCGUCCUCUAAAUGAGAGUAGGAUGAAGUUAGUUUCCGUUUAUUCAUUGAUUGGUGGGCGGCGAAGUUAUGUGACAAAGGAAAAUGUUUUGGUGAUAUGUAAAGUACCAUUUUAAUUGAUAAUAUGUGUAAACUGAAUUUGUAAAUACAUGUUCUACUGUUUUUGUUAUCAUUUAAAUAGUGGUGACCAUUAGAGGCAAGUAAUUUAUCUUUUCUUGUA